AGCAGUGUGAAAGAGAGAGCAACACCAAGCCACAUAACGAACGCCAAGGGAAAGGCAAAAGUGCGAAAAAAAAUAUCAAGCGGCCGCCUUAACAAAAAAAGGAAUUACUUGUUUUUUUUUCUUUCUCACUUUGGUAUAAAUAAAACGCAGUCAAAAUUCAUAAUAACGCACGUUUGUCCGCUCCCGGUGGUCAGAAGUCAAUGACUAAAAUGGCCAUACAACUGGAUAAAAUUUUAGCGGACAUUGCCAAAGAGAAGGCCCUGCAUCCCAACAAUGGCGGUUCGGCGUCCAAGCAGGAGCAGGACGAGGCCUGGCAGAGAAUUGGCCGAUUGAAUAAACUCUCUGUACACGAAUCACGCUCCAUAUUCAUUGUGCUGCAAAAGAAAUACGAUCAGGAGAAACUCAAACCGAAUUCCACAUGGAAAUUAUUCAAUCUAAUGCAUCAAAUCCAUCAGGAGCACAAGCCACCCGUGGCAAUUAAAGAAGAUGAUGAACAAGUUCCCAUGGAGGAGGUUGAGGAAUUUGAAAUGCUCGAGGUUCAAGAACAGGAAGAGGAUGAUGAUUCUAUGGUGCCGCCUAAUCAAUUUAGCCAACCGGCCAACUCAACAGGCUCUGGUUCUGCCAGCUCAGAUGGCGAAAGUCCCAGCAAAUCGUUGAGUUCUAAUUCACCAGAAAAAUCUGAAGAGAAAUUGAAACCCAUGGUUGAUACACCACGUCCCGCUUUCCAAUCGGAGGAAAGAAAAUUGCUCAACACAAUGGCCAAUAACCCACGGGCAGCAACUGUCACAUCCUCAAACAACUCGAAUGCUUCAUCAAAUUCUGUCUCCCUGGCAGCAGCAGCUGUACUCCAAAAGAAGGGUAUAACCCUGAAGAAGACUCCUGGCAUACAAAGACCCACAUCAACGGCGUCACACGGUGGACAAAAUGCCGCUGCUGCCGGUAAAGGACGCACCACAAUACAAUUGCCCGAUUCUUUAAAACGUAAACUAUCCGAGGAUUAUGGCUCAUCGUCAUCCUCAUCACAAAUGGCACGAAAGGGCAUGAGAUUUAAUGCCAAACAGACACAACCCCAACAACAGGGUAAUCAAAACUCUGAAUCAUCGUCGUCAUCAAACUCUACUCCAGCAGCAGAACAAACGGCCACAGCUUCAGCUACUUCUGCUGCUCAUCAUCCUCCUCCUCCACCAGUGGUUCAUACCACAACCGCCCAACUGAUGCAAGUGAAACGCGAACGUGAGAGCAAUCAGACUCCACCACCUGGCAUUAAUAUCAUAACCAUACCAGCGGCUGCUUCACAGCAAAUGAAUGGAGUUGGUGCCACAUCCUCGACAGCAGCCACCAUGGCUUCCACUUCGGUGGCCUCAACCAAUGGCUAUUCACCGCAUGCCGGCAUCGAGGAAUUGGAUUUCAAGAAUGAUAUCAUUUUUGAAUCGAAAUCUGCAUCGAAUAAUGGUGGCGUGGCCAGCGGUGGUGAGAUUAUCAAUUUGGGCAAUUUCAAUAAUUCACUGCCGCCGACAUUCUUCAAGAAUCUUUGCAACUCAUCGCGACAUGAAGCCCUUGGCUUGUAUGUGGCCAAUGUGAUGAAUCGUAUAUCGGGUCGAGCAGCUGCCAAAUUGGAAUUGGGCAUAUUGAGAGCCAUUGUCGAUGUACAGAGCGAUGAACUGGAGCAGUAGUCUUAAGUUGCCGCCAAUAUCGACAUUUAGUAUUUAACUUAUAUACAUUUUAUACAUACAUAUAUAUAUAUACCGAAAUAUAUAUAUAUGUAUGUCUACAACCAUAUAUGCAAGUAUUUGUGAUGGGCAGAGUUUAAAAACGAUUUCAAUUUUAUAUAUAUGUUUACUUUAUGUUUUUUAAACUCCCAAAAUAAUGACGAGAUUACUUUUUAUUUUGUUGUAAUGAGAUUUUAAAAGAAUAUCAGCAAUUGGAAUUAGAUCGUUUAAAUGCCUUAGUCACAGAUAUGUAUGCAUAUAUGUAUAAUCUAAUCUAAUCUCAGCUUAUACACACACACACAAAACAAACUAGUUGGAAAAAAAACUCUUAUAAUUUUUGGUAGCUCGUAGAAAACAAACAUGUAAUUUUUCUCCUAUUCUUCAUCUGAAUGUAUUCAUUUAACAUAUUUCCCCCCUCUUACACGCUCAGAACAGAGUAAAUGAUUUCGAAUUUUUAUGUUCUCUAACUGAUUUUCAGCGUCUAUCUAUUCACAUGUUCCCCUUUUCAUCCACACAUAAUGUCUAUAGUUUUUAAGCCUCUCCAGUAAAGAAGUCUCAUUUCUCAUUUCAUUAUGAUCAAUAAAAACAAAAAAUACAUUAAAAAACUCA